UCGAAGUUGUACGGCAUAAGAGAAGCACUGGAAGAGGCGAAUCAAGUACCUCGACUUUCUCCACGACUCAACAGCAAUUAUAAGACCUCAUUCUACCAGGCGUCAGGUCUCGCGAGGCUGAAGGCUCGCCAUCGGUAUGGCAUAUCGCAAGCGCUCCCAAUACAUAAGUCACAGCAGGAGCAAUCAGACAAAGGAGCCAGCGCAUUCUUCAAAAUAUCCCGAGCAGUUUGAUUCACUUAGGCACUACUACUCCAGAUCUUUCAGUCCAGACCACGACAUACGCACUCAACCACCACGGCGCAGGCGAUGGGCUGCAGGAUACAUGGACAGACCAUCUUGCCCGUCGUAUUCGUACAUAAAUACUCGCUCUCAUUCGCCAGGCCGCUCACCAGACCAUUUGCUGGGCUCAGACUACAUUACUCAACCAAGGUCACGGGAGGAUGAAUACAUUCAAUCUCGAGAGCGUCACGACAAUUACGCCUACAGUCACAGUACUUACGAAACCGGUCUUAGACCCUUGAGAGACCAAAUACAUACCUCGAGAGUGGAUCUAGUAGAUAACCGGAGUGUUGCUGAAGAGAGGGAAGUACACUAUGGAUCUGACAUCGAGGAUCUGGACGAAUAUCAACAUACCCAGCAGCGAGAUAGCAGAUCUGCAAGCUAUGACUCUGAAAGAGAAGAGGGAAGUGAUUUAGUCAACGAAAAGAGGAGGUCUAUGGGCUCAGACGUUGCAAGCAUACACAGCAGACGCAGCUCGAACUCGCGGUCUGAUCAGCGGUCCAUCACAUCGUUGGGCGUGAGAUCUGAUGUACAGAAACGAAGGAGGAGUGUCAGUGCGAGUGAUAGCGAGGGUGGGUAUAUCUCGCUCGAUGAGUAUAUCGCAGGAAGGAGUGACUGUGUCUCGGAUCGUUCGUUGUCAGAGGAUGAAGGGGAGGGCAGUGACGCAGUGGGGAGUGAUAUCGAAGGGGCGAGCGAUGUGGGAGAAGGGAGUGAUGUGGCGUCUUUGUCUGCUGGUAGAAGUUACGAUGACGGGGAGGAUUGUAUCGACAAUGGGUGUGAUGCCUAUAUGUACGGAUAUCGAAGACGUUAGCUGAUGCAAGUGGGCGAUUAGGCUCACGACGCGGGAAACUCAAAUCUGGUCAACAGAUUGUUGGUCCAAGUUGCGUUUUCCAGUUAGUUGCGUGAUACACACAAAUUCAAU